UCACAUAGCACACAGGUUUCCUCAGGCAGGAGACUACAUGCAGCGCUAUGGGCGAGGCCCCUCCCCCUCUGCUCUUAGGCUCCUCCCCCCGGAGCAGCAAGCUGUCCGAUACUCCGCUCCGCUGUACAGUGCCAUAAGUUCCCCGGACGGAGCCCGCAGUGUGCCCGGUACUUGGAGCUGUUACCCCGCCGUGUCCCCUCUGUGGAGCCUCACACCAAUGGCGACAGAUGUUUUCAACUCCAAAUAUCUGGCUGUCCAAGCCCAAAAGAAGAUUCUUGGCAAGAUGGCGUCAUCGAAAUACAUAGCAACAUCCUUGAUUGAUGACACCAGUGGGGAAGUACUAGAUGAGCUUUAUCAAGUCACCAGAGAGUUCUCACAAAGCAAGAAAGAUGCUGAGAAGAUCAUCAAGAACCUCAUCAAGACGGUGAUAAAGCUGGCUGUCCUUUACAGAAAUAACCAAUUCAACCAAGAUGAGAUUGCACUGAUGGAGAAAUUCAAGAGGAAAGUCCAUCAGUUGGCCAUGACUGUGGUCAGUUUCCACCAAGUUGAUUUUACAUUUGACCGCAAUGUGUUGUCAAAAUUAUUAAAUGAAUGUCGCGACCUUCUUCAUCAGGUAAUCCAACGCCAUCUCACAGCAAAGUCUCAUGGACGUAUUAAUAACGUGUUUGACCACUUCUCAAAUUGUGAGUUUUUAGCUGCUCUGUACAAUCCAUUUGGACCUUACAAACCCCAUCUUCAGAGACUAUGUGAUGGUGUGAACAAAAUGUUGGAUGAGGACAACAUUUAGGACUCAAAGGUGACGUUCCUUAGUUACUUGCUGGAAAUUGAGUUCGGUAACAGAUUGCCAUGUAGGAGAGAGAGACCAUUUGUGAAGGGAUGUUUAAUCUGCUAAUGUUAACACUGGAAACUGAUUUUUUUGUUAUCCAAUGACAGUUUCUGGUUCUCCCUGGACCAAUGUUACUGGGCAGUUAGUACAUGCAGAUACAAUUCCUCAUACAUGCUGGACAUACAGUAGCUUGCAAGUGGAAAGGAAAUAGCUUGAAGCAGAAAUCUCCAGUUACGUUGGACUGUUACAACGGUCUGCCAUAGGGGUAAAGCCAUAAAUGGCUAUUUUCAAGGUUGCAUGAUGCAAAAAAAAAUUGCACGUGCGUUUGCCUCUGUUGCUAUGUAAAAUAUAUUCUUUUUGCAUUUCUAUGAUCUUGAUGAGCAAAUGAAUUAAAAAAAAGGCAGCUUAAUUUUGCUUAUUUUUCUAAAAUCUUUAUGUAAUUAUUAUAUUCAUGCAAAUCUUGAAACUUGUGGUCAUCAAAAAGCACUGCAAUUUGUGAUACCUUGAUCCAGUGCAAAACAGUGAUAAACGGUACACCGGUAUUGUCAUUUAGGGCUGUCUAUUUCUUUAUGCGGGAAGCAGAAUUGCACUUUUCUUAUUGCCAGUCAAGCUGUCAUCCAAGAAAAUAAAAAUGUAUCCAUUGAGAAGUUGAAAA